GCCCCCCUGACAGCGUCUGGAGCCGCCGCCGCGCCAGCAUCCUCCGCCGAGAGCCGCUCGCGCCGUCGUCGCCUCCGCCGCUGCCGCCGCCUCGCCGAGGGAAGGGAAGGGAAGCGUAUCGUAUGUCCGCUAUCCAGAACCUCCAGCCCUUCGACCCCUUUGCUGAUGCAAGUAAGGGUGAUGACCUGCUCCCUGCCGGCACUGAGGACUACAUCCAUAUAAGGAUCCAGCAGCGGAACGGCAGGAAGACCCUCACCACAGUCCAGGGCAUCGCGGAUGAUUACGAUAAAAAGAAACUGGUGAAGGCCUUCAAAAAGAAAUUUGCCUGCAAUGGUACUGUAAUCGAACACCCUGAAUAUGGAGAAGUGAUUCAGCUACAAGGUGACCAGCGCAAGAACAUAUGCCAGUUCCUCGUAGAGAUUGGACUGGCUAAAGACGACCAGCUGAAAGUCCAUGGGUUUUAAGUGCCUGUGGGUCACUGAAGCUUUAUGCAAGAAGAUUUCCUUACCAUGAAAUUCCCAUCUGUCCCUUGUCAUAAGUUUAAAACCAGCCGGUUUGUGUAAUGUAACAAUCUUGGGUCCACUGUUCAGUCUGGACUAGUGUAAUUCAGUGAUGUAAUAAACUGACAAGAGCCCAUGCUA